AAAAAAGGAAUAGGAAGAAGUAAAUUGUGGUCAAAUUAGGUUUUUGAAGGACAAUAGAGUGAAAGCUGCAACUAGGAAUAAUAUAAGAGAAAUCGAGUGAUUAAAUCGAUUUAAAAACAUUAAUUCAGAGAGGUCCCCAUAAUCUACAGUAGGAUACAUUUUAAGUCUCUUUAUUUUCUUAUCGUUUGUAAAGUUAGCACUCAAAACUGCUGUAUUGACUUGUUGAGAAUGGGUCUAUUUUGAAAAUCUUGUCCGGAUGUGCUGUGUUGUUUCUAGGUAACUUGACACCGGUGCGCUCGUCUUUAACCAUGAAAAACAGAGUCCCGAUCCCGAUACUCACCGGACACCAGUGGAUCUUCUUCUGGCGCAGUGUGGAGCAGCAGCCAGGAUGAUCCCAGUGGGUGAAUUCAGAAACCUCGGCGCAGAGCUGAACUCAAAGUAUCGGGUCUUGAAACCAUGGUGGGAUGUUUUCUCAGAGUACCUGUGCAUUGUUAUGCUAAUGAUUGGAGUGUUUGGGUGCACCUUGCAGCUAACCCAAGACAAGAUUUCUUGCCUGCCCAGUCACUUCACCAGCCCAACGCCCGAGGUAAUCGACUGCAGCCACAUCCGAACCUACAGGGAGAAUGACACGUUGCAGCACACGCUGGUCAAACCUGCGAGCCCCAUCAUCCAGGAGGUGUUUGGCCGCAAGAACAAUCUGGACAUCCACCAAUAUGUGUUUGUCAACCACUAUUGCUAUGAGAGGUUCGUCCACUGGUAUGCUAAGUACUUCCCAUACCUCGUUGUGAUCCACACUGUGAUUUUCAUGGUAGCAAGUAGCUUCUGGUUCAAGUUCCCUGGGACAUCUUCUAAAAUUGACCUCUUUGUGACAAUCCUCGGGAAGUGCUUUGAUUCACCAUGGACCACGAGGGCCCUGAGUGAAGUUUCUGAGGAAAGGGGAGAGGAGAAACUGGUUAGUUGGAGAAGGAAUACCAUCUCAAAUUAUCCCACAGAGCGACGAGCAGAUGAGGAGGAGACUGUGGGGCUUCUUCAAUCCGCUACUAUCAAGUCUAAUCCAGAAAAGAAGCCAGAGUCUCAGUCGACCCCUUCUGUCUUAGAUAAGAAGGAAGGAGAGCAGGCCAAAGCUCUAUUUGAAAAGGUGAAGAAGUUCAGGACUCAUGUAGAGGAGGCAGACAUCUUGUAUGUCAUGCAUGUGCUACAAACAUCACUGAAGGUCUUCAAGUUCCUUGUAAUCAUUAUCUACACUGCAGUGCUGGUACCGAACAUUGAGAUAGUAGUGCGCUGUUUUGUUCCUCCUGAGCUGACUGGUUUUGAUAUCUAUUGCUGUAACCACACCAAAGCCCAUCUUUUCUCCAAGCUUGCCUAUUGCUAUAUCUGCUUCGUGGGAGUGUAUGGACUUCUGUGCAUCUACACCCUCUACUGGCUUUUCCAUCGGCCUCUGAAGGAGUACUCCUUUGAGCAGGUCAGACUAGAAACAGGUAUUAACGACAUACCAGAUGUAAAGAAUGACUUUGCGUUCCUCCUGCACCUUGUGGACCAAUAUGAUGCCCUUUACUCUAAAAGAUUUGCAGUCUUUCUUUCUGAGGUUAGUGAGAGUCGUCUGCAUCAGCUCAACCUCAACCAUGAGUGGACUGCCAAAAAGCUGCGCACCCGUCUUUCAAAGAACACCAAUAACUUGUUGGAGCUCCACCUGUUAAUGUUACCGGGGCUUCCUGACACAGUCUUUGAGAUCUCUGAAGUGGAAUCACUCAAACUGGAGCAAGUUAAAAACGUCACCAUCUCACAUAGCGUGGCAAAGCUAGAAUCUCUUCGGGAGUUAUCACUGAUCUUCUGCCCUGCAAAGCUCCAGCUGCCUGCCCUGAACCACCUCAAGGAACAUUUAAAGACCCUGCGCCUAGCUUUUGAAAGUUUAGAAGAGGUGCCUAUUUGGAUGUACACCCUCCAUGGCCUGGAGGAGUUACAUCUGAAUGGUCCUUUAACCAAUGAGGUGUCCAGAAGUGCCACUCUGGACUCCUUCCGAGGGCUUAAAGCUCUCAGAGUUCUCAGCCUCCGCUCCAACCUUACAAAGAUCCCACCCAGUAUAGGGGAUGUAGCGUUGCAGCUGCAGAAGUUGUCCAUCUAUAACGAAGGUGUCAAGAUCCAAGCGUUUAGUAGCCUGAAGAAGUUAACCAACCUGGUCUCAUUGGAGUUAGUGGGCUGUGAGUUGGAGCGCAUCCCAAGUGCUGUCUUCAGCCUGGACAAUUUGCAGGAGUUGGACCUGAAAGAAAACAAACUGACCACUGUGGAGGAGAUUCUGAGCUUACAGCACUGCCGCCGCUUAGUGACGCUCCGACUGUGGCACAACAAAAUCACCUACAUCCCUGAUCACAUCAGUAAGCUGCACUCCAUAGAGACGCUGGACAUUAGCUGGAACAAGCUACAAAAGCUUCCAUCUCGACUGUUUUAUUGCACCAAGCUCAGGCACCUUGAUGUCUCCCACAACCAGCUCACCUCUCUACCUCCUGAGGUGGGCAUCCCACAGGGCCUCCAGUUCCUCUCCGCUGCUUUCAACUCUUUAGAGAUGGUGCCAGAGGAGCUGUUCUCCUGUAAAAAGCUAAAAACUUUGGCUCUUGGAAACAACUGCCUGUCGUAUCUUAGCUCCAGAGUGGCCAACCUGGUCCAGCUGGUCCGGCUGGAGAUUAAAGGGAACCGCCUGGAGUCUCUGCCUCUGGAGAUUGGGGACUGUCCCCUGCUGUCUGACAGUGGGUUGAUAGUAGAAGAGAGCCUGCUCGAUCUGCUGCCAUCAGAUGUACGAGGCAGGCUGAACAAAAGCUAAUUUUGUAGAGCUAAUGGACUCAUCUUUUCUCAGUGUAACGUGGUGCGCAAUGUUGGUCUGACUUGCACAGAGUAUUGAUCCAUGGUAUUAGAGGGAAUGCAGAACAAAAGGAAAACCAUAACCAAACCCAUAACUGACCCCAAAAGAAACUAAACAUAUAUACACAAUCAGUCGUCAUUAAAUUUGUUCCAAUCUGUGUCAGUGCGUAAUUAAUCAACUUGCACAUGUUAUUGUAUGCAUUUUCUUAAAAAUACAAUUUUUAAAAAAAAAAUAUUUUACCAAGUUAAUAGAUGUCUUGUAAAUACAUUGCUGCAUUUAUUUUUUACAAAACUGGAUUAAUGUAAAGUUUAACAAGGAUUUUUAUAGAUGCAGGAUCAGGAUACUGUUAUGUGUGGAUGAGACAAGCACUCAACACUUCAUCAGGGUUCAAAUUGCUACUAUUAUCACUCAGAGUUUUGUUUACUGAAUAUUUUGUGGGUUCUUCAGAGUAACAGUCAGGGGGUUUUUCUCCCUGUACUAUAUCCUGUUGGACAGGUUUAUACAGCAUGAAGAAACGUUUUCCACAGUGAGGCGGCUCACGUUGCGCCCUUUCAGGCACCAAACAAGUGGAGGAAGAAAAAGCCUUUCAGUAUCAGAAUAAUAGGUGUCCAUUCCUCUAUUCACACAUUCUGUCGAAUGGAGGAAAGACUGAAUUCAUGCAGGAUAUUAUGAAUCAGACAACGGUCAAUUCAACAUGAUAUUCAGUGUGAAAAGCAGGACACAAUAAAUAAUCACUUACAGCGAGAAAGGAGACAAAAGUACUGCCUUUGAAAUACCUUUUGGAUGAGUAAUAUGUUGAGUACAGUAAUGCCUUUGGUAAUGGGUGAUACAGAGUAUUUUUCUUUUAACACACUAUGUAUGAAUUAAUGGCUUCCCAAGAAUUUCAAUUUUGCUUCCCUGUUUUAUUGUUACUACGUCUUUAUCACAAUUUUUCUUAACUUAUACAGUAAAAUAAGGGGAAAACAGGAUGUGAUUUCCAAAACAACACUAUUAUCCAAUUUGAGUAAUAAGAUGUAAAAUUACAGAACAAUAUGAUGUUUAUUUUGCACAUCAUAAACUAGUGCAAAUAAGUGCCUGAAACAAGGAAAUAAAAUGUCCUAAAAGUUUCUGCUGCUAGACAGGAGGUCAUUGUAGUAACUAAUUUCUUUUUCCCUGUGUUCCGUUCUCAGACUCAGAUAUGCAUAACAAAUCUGUAUUACUUAGUCAGGACUUCCACAGUUCUGCCUGAACUGCAGCUCAGUCAUGUCCUGGCUUGCAUGGCUUCAGAAUGGCUUCAGUUUAUAGACAUACCUCAGUCAUAUUUGAGCAUACACUGACCUGCCCAUGCUGCCACACACCUCCAUCAAACUCUUGUGUUUAUUUCUUUCAUGUUUUAUUAUUUAGAUGUUUUUUUUCAUGCGGGAAGUUGUCAACAAAAAAAAAAGAGAGAGAGGAGGAUUGAAGUGUGGAAUUUUCUAGAGGUGCAUACCCAGAAUUACAUGCCUACUGUUAUAAUGCUUUGUCAAUCAUUUCCAUAUUCCUUUUCCUCUCACUGAAGGUGGCGGUCGAGUGUGUCACCAGCAUUAACCAAAACAGAUGUGAUUGCAUCAGGGUAACUAUGGCUUGGCUGGAAAUAACCAACAACAUGUUAUGUAAAGGGUUGCUUUAAGUUGUUUGAGGUGAUAACUUCAGUCUGAAAUGCUGCAACUGCUGCCAUUGUCAUACUUGUGGAGUGUGCUGCUAGAGGACUGGUUGUCUAACCCAGUAUUUACAUUUGAGUAGGAAAAUCCGAUUGGGAAACUUCCUCCCUACCAUGUGAGUUUCUGUUGUUCCAAUUUUUGAAAGAUUAGGAUUCAGUGCCUGCUGCCCAUGAUUCCUUGCUGCUUGAUGAACUGUGUCAAAGUGUGAACAAUCUAACAGAGCAUGUUACAGUAUCUGUCGACAGUGUACAAUGACUUGCUACUUGUGACUUCAACCCAAAUUUUUCCGUAUGACUUACAGUAAAUUGGUAUCAAAGUCCAUAACUCAUAA